UGUGGCGUGAGAAUAUGGGGUUGUGGCGUGAGAGCGUGAGAUUUGGGUCAAUUGAGUGACUCUCACGCGUUGGCAGCCUUGUUUUAAACUGCAUUUUUCAUCCUGUGUUACACUCCCUGUGCUCUAGGGGCAGUAGAGGCUUUCUGGCAGUACAGCAGUACAAUGAAAUGGGUUAAUAAAUAUUAUCAUUAAAGUUAAUAAUAGAGAAAUGUAGUGCACUGGAGAGUGGAAAAAUAACUCACACAAAGGAAGAUGCACACAUACAGAAUGCUAAUCUUAAACACUCGAACAUCUUCAUAUGACUGAUUACACACUGUUACUGACCAGAGGCUUAUUUUUGUGUUUGAAAUUUGAAAGCAUUUGUAUUGUGUUUAUGAAGUUCACACAUAUUUCAGAUACACUUCCUGUUCAGCUCUUUCUCGCACAGAUAGAAGGGGAAGUGGGUGCAGCAUCACUUUAUGGGUAAGACACAGAUGAAGACACGACACAUUCACAUAGCUGAAAGAGAGAGUAACAGUGCGUAACACAACAGGAGCUUUAAUAUCUUUCUGAAGUAGAGUUGGUAUAGAGAUCUGUGAGAGUGAACUCAGGAUGAAGAUCCUCCUCAUCUUCACCUUCUGUCUGAUCUCAGAUGGAGGAGCCUCAAAGGAAGUAACAGGAUAUUCAGGAGGAGGAAUCCUUAUCAAGUGCAAGUAUGCUACAGCAUACAAAGAUAAACAAAAAUAUUUCUGUAAGGGUUCAAUGCCAGGCUGUCUUGACCAAAUAAAGACAGGAGAUAAAAACCAGUGGGUAAAUUCAGGAAGAUUCUCACUGUUUGAUGACACCAAAUCAUCAGAGUUCUGGGUGAUGAUCAGAGAGCUCACUGUACAGGACACUGGGACGUAUCAGUGUGUAGUUGAUAUAACUUCAGGGAUAGACAUUUACACACCGGUGGAACUGAAGGUAAAGGAAGGGUCCUUGGUCUCUAGAGACGUGACUGCAUAUGCAGGGGGAAGAAUUAACAUCAAAUGCAGAUAUGAGGAUGAAUAUAAAGACAAAUCAAAAUCAUUCUGUAAGAUCGGAACACAUCAGUGGUGUUUUAAUCAAAAACAAACAAAACUGAACAGUGAAUGGUCACAUGAUGGCAGAUUCUCAAUUCAUGACAACAGAAGUGCAGGAUUCUUCAGUGUGUUUAUCACAGAGCUUAAUAUAGAGGACACAGGAACAUACGCGUGUGGUGUUGUUGUGUCUGAUAAACUGGCGGUCUACACUGUAGAGAGAUUGAACGUAACAGAAGAUCUGUUCUAUGAAAAGUCCAUCAGUAAGAGUGUUCAUGUAGGAGGAGAUUUAACUUUCAUAUGUAAAUACCCACAAUCCCUCAAAAGUGACCCCAAGUUUCUCUGCAAGGGGAAGACGCAAGAUUUUGCUUGUUUUUAUAAGGACUCUGUUAAAGAUAAUAAAAAAUAUUUAAUUACUGAGAAAAUGGCCCUGUUUGAUGACAGAGACAAACAAAUCUUCAAUGUGAGUAUUAGAUCUGUAACUAAGCAGGACUCUGAAUACUGGUGUGGAGCUGAAAAAGCCUGGACAUCUGAUCAUGGAUACAAGGUUUAUUUCACACGGAUCAACCUGACAGUCACUGAUCCAUAUGUCCCAGUUUCAACCUUAAAACCAACAUGCCCUUCAUCUUCGUCAUCAUCAUCAUUAUUAUUAUCAUCAUCAUCAACAUCAUCAUCAUCCCCACUUCUUCGUCUCACAGAUAAAAACAAAUCCUGGACUACUCCAGCUUCUCCUCCAGCAGGAUUUCCAGCUUCCACUGUGAUCACUGUGUCUGCAAUUCUGCUGCUUCUGAUUGGAACCAUAACCGUCUUCGUGGCUCUACAAAAGAGACAAAAGUUGCAAACAGAUUCAGCCUCUACUACUUCUGGCCAAGACCCAGGAAACCAAGUGGUUCCUCUUGAUAUCUGUGUAUAUGAAGAGAUUAAAGACAGCAGACGACUUUCUGCCUCAGAUGCUGGAAUUUCCACAAUUUACUCUACAGCUGAACUACCCACAGUCCCCUCUGAUCAUCACACGGUUUAUGCAAAUUCAAAGUUACCCACAAGCCCACAAGAUUCUGCUGUUUACCCUACUGCUCAACUGCCCACAAUCCGCUCUGAUCUGAUAGCUCAGUUACCUACAAGUCUCUCGGCUGCAGAAUCUGAUGAAGGUCUGAAUUACACAUCAGUGAGUUUUCAUGCCAAAUCCACCAGCUCUAAUGAUGCAACUGCAAAGAUUAUCUUUAAGAAGACAGAGGUCUUGUGUGACUACGAUUCACUUAGUCAUGUUACUUCAUCUGGCUAGUUUCUUAUCAUUAUUACUCCAAGUAUGUGUUGCUUGAACUACAUACAACUUUAUCUAAUACUGUAUUGUUCCCUUUGUUUUUUUGGUCAUUUCCCUUAUCCAGUGAGGAUGAAAGCUUAUCCCUUUUCUAUCUUUUUUAUUGACACUUUCUUCUGGCUGUUUAACAAACAAGAAAUUUUGAUAACUAUCCAUGGACAACCAUUGUUUUUUAUUAAUUUAAGAUGACUUGACUGUGGCUAUCUGUUAAAAUUAAAAUGGCUGUUAUUCGAGAAAUGUGUUAGAGAAAUGUGGUUGAACUGUUAAGAGAGGCUAUCACAGUUUACUUCUGCUGUAGGCUACUGUCAAGUGAAUUUUUGGAGAAUUCCCAUCAUAAACAGUUGAGAGACAGUUAAAGCAUGGAAUUAGUACCAUGUUACUGAAAGGUGACAGUGCCUCUCUCCGACCCAGCACACCCAUCCUCAUAGUGUGUCAAUCGGCUUGGUUUGCUUAAAGAGUCAUAACUUUAUUGUGUUUAUUGCAUUUCCCAAAUUCUUUCUUGAAGAUCAGUUUAACUGCCCUGUUUGUCUCGACUUGCCCAAUGAGCCCAUGACGAUUCUGUGCAGGACACAACCCUGCUCAUGCUCGAGUAUGUCUUUCACUUGCAAGGCCUCCCACAAAACAUUGUAUCUGAUAAUGGUCCUCAGUUCAGCUCUAACUUCUGGAGAGACUUUUGACAGCUCCUGGGGUCAACAUCAGCCUGGCCUCGGAAAAUGGAGGCUUCGGUUCCCUCAGCCCUUGCCCUGUUCCAGCGAUGCUGACAUGUCUGGAAAAAAGCUUAUGUGGUCCAACUCAGUGCUUCUAGGAGCUACGCCUGGUGGUCCAAUAACAAGCGCUGUCCGGUUCCCCCGUAUCGUGUCAGUCAGAGGGUCUGGCUAUCCAUCAGAGACCUGUUGCUUAAGGUGGCCUGCAGGAAACUUACCCCACGCUUUGUUGGGCCUUUUCCCAUCUCCAAGGUGCUCAAUCCAGUGACAGUCUGACUCAAGUUCCCCAGAGUCCUACGUAUUUACCAUAGAUUCCAUGUCUCCAAACUCAAACCAGUUCAAGCCUGCUCGCUGGUUCCUUCCACCAGAACCCUUCAACUCACCCGGUUCAUUGAUGGGAGCCCUGCUUACACUAUUCGCUGGCUCCUACAAUGUUUGCGGUAGGGGAUUACAGUAUCUGAUUGAUUGGGAGGGUUAUGGUCCAGUGGAGAGCUCCUGAGUUCCAGCACACAACAUCACCCAGUUCCAUCGUGACCAUCCUAACCAGCCAUGAGGGAUGUCAUGAGACACCCCAUGGAGGGAGGGGUACUGUCAGCAACUCUUCUCAGUUUGUCCUGUGCACUGUGAUUUCAGCCUACCUUGUUCCUUUUCUGCCCUGCCUGGUUUGACUCUCUUUGUUUCUGAUUUCUGUUUUUGCCUGAAAAAACCCUGCCAGCCUGUGUACCAGAUUAUUGGACUGUUUUUCACUCUGUGCAUUUGCCUGCCUUGCCUAAUUAUUUUAUCAAGCUAAUUAAAGACUUUUAUUAUUUACAUCGCAUCCUGUAUUUGAGUCCUCCUUUCUGGCCCACCCUGACAGGUACACUAAAAUAUGAUCAAAUAUUUAACAGGUUUCAUAUGAUUCAUCUUAUGCCUCGGAUGUGUGUAUAUAUACAUAUACAUAUAUGAUUUUCUCAGUAAGAGUUUUGAACAGAUUUGUAUUUAAAAUGGUCAGGAAUAAAAAUAUGACAGGAAAAAUAAAAUGACUGUGAUUUUCACAGUCUAUGCUUCUGCUCAAUUACCCACAAUCCCCUCUGAGCCUUCUCAAACCGUUCAUUCCAAUACACUGUUACUCACAAGCACCUGUGAUUACAAAGUUUAUUACCCACAAUCCCUCCUGAUCAGGACGUCUACUCCACAGCUAAGUUACCCACAGAUCUCUCUGAUACCCCAGGCAGUGCUGCUCAGGAGUCAUCUGAGAAAUCUGCUGAAGAUCUGAAUUACACAGCAGUGAGUUUCCACACUAACACCACCAACUCCAAUGAUACAGUUUCUUGGUUACUGAUGGCCAAUUAGCCUUCCUGUCUUUUUCAUGUUCUAUAGCCAGAAAUUACAAAUUCUGUAAAGCCUAGCACACUGCUUUGGUAGUAUUUGGUGUUGUUCUCUUUCAUAAUAGCACACUGUUGCUAAAAAUGUUUUUUAUUUUACACUGUUUGUAGAUCAUUGUGAUCUGUUCAGAAAUACAAUGUGAUUUGUAUGUUCUAAUGUGCUGCACCUUAAACAUGUGUUGGGCUCUUUAAGAACGUCUUCCCACCCCCUGGGGGCAUAUGUACCAAGAACACACGUGUGCCAUGGUUCAUAUGUGAAGCGUCCUAUGUCGGA